AUGGAGGAGGACAACGAGGUCGGACUUCCGCAAAAAGGGCUCAACAUGAUUAUAAAGGAUGUUCUUCCCGAAAUGCGGAUUGCAAACGAGUCGCGCGAAUUGCUGAAUCAAUGCUGUGUCGAAUUCAUCAAGCAUGUUUCUCGAGAAGCGCAAAACAUCUCUUCACACGAUCAACGGAAGACCAUCUAUCAUGAACAUGUGCAGCGGGCUCUCAUCAAUUUGGACUUUACACAAGACUACGUUGAAGCUGCAGAUAGUGUUUUGGAUGAAUGCAAGGUGGCGGCCGAGAAGAAGCUAAGAAGAAAAAACUCGCGAUUGGAUAAAUGCGGAAUACCAGAAGAGGAACUUUACAUGAUGCAGCAAAGAUUGAUUGAACAAGCAAGAAUAAAGCAAGAACAACAGGCUUCACAAGCACAAGAAGGAUCGUCGGGAGAGAUUCACAUGGGUCAGUCCCUAUUCACACAACCGACCACAGCUGAAUACGAUGAUGAAUAUGAUACU